AUGGCUUCUCUGAAAACUAUUAUUCCAAUUUGGACCCUCUUUGUCUUUUUGCUUGCCUUCUCUGAAGGCAGAGAGUUUCUGGUUGGAGGCAAGCAAAAUUCAUGGACUAGUCCGACUUCUUCAGAUUCUCUCAUUCUGUGGGCUGAGAUAAACCGAUUCAUUGUUGGCGAUUUUCUCAUCUUUGAAUACAAUCCCAACACAGAUUCAGUACUGCAAGUGACAAUGGAGGAGUACGAGAGCUGCAACAAAUCUAAUCCAAUCAAAGAAUACAAGGAUCCUAAAGCAAAGGUUGAGCUGGACAGGUCAGGACCCUUCUAUUUCAUCAGUAAAGCUGAGGGGAGUUGUGAGAAGGGCCAGAAGCUGAUUGUGGUCGUGUUAUCAAAUGGACACCAUUUGCCAAAGCAUUCGUCUCCACCGCCAAUGCCGGAAUCUGCUCCGGUAACACCGGCUCCGGAACCGGCACCGGAAGCUCCAGCACCAGCACCAGCACCAAACAGUAGUGGUGCUCUGAGGGUUGGGUUUAUUGGUGUUGUUGUGGGAAUAUUAGUGGGUUUAGUGGAAAUGUGGUUCUUUUGA